AUAUUUCAUACGCUUAUCGGGUGUUUGGUAUUGUAUAAUUACAGGUGAAAUGACCAGGAUUUUCUACGUACCUGAAGGACAUAAACUGCCUCUUGGCUUUGAAGGCGAAUCUGACGACACGGCCAACUACACUAACGAAAGCGCUGACAGUGACUUUGUUCAUGUUUAUGGAUGCGACACACCAAUUACAGAAAUGGAUGAUAACUCAUCAAUUGGUUUUGUUAAAAUAGACGGGAUGAGAAACAAUUCACUAUUUGUGGCUGAGGCUCAAGUUUCACCCGGCAAGAGAUGUAAUAAACCGCCGUUGCCAAAGGUUCCAGCAGAAGUGUUCAUAGAACCUCCCCCUCUUCCUCCCAGGAUCCCGCUGAAGGGAAAGCAGCCGUACCCUCUUCCGCGCGUAUCGUUCGGAAAAUAUGAUCUUGUUCCUUCAAAUAGCGACAGUUAUUGUCAGCCAAACCAUACACUAACGGAAAAGAAAAAAGAUCAAAUAGAUGACGUGCAUUACGAAGACGAGGAAAACCCUGAUAUAGGCACAACGUCGGACAACACUGUCGAGAAUAUCCAUAAGGUUAGAGGUCUCGAUGUUUCAAAUGUUGAAAUGGCGACGGCAAAGCAGAUUCAGAAACACCAUACAAGCCUGGAUGCGUUAGACAUAACAUCCAUUCAUACAAUGGACAAAGAGAUGCUUGUAAAACGUAUUGAACUGUUAAAAUACGAACAAACUGAUGAUAUUGGGAAAACGGAAUUGCUAAAUACAAUGGCAGUGGAGAUUACCAAUUUAAGCUCUUGCAAGGUUGAUAAAAUAGAAGCCUUAAAAAAUGUCCAAAGAGCAGAUAAAAUAUUGAAAAUACAACAAGCCGAACUCGCAAUUGCACAUCAUGACAAUUCUGCCAUCAAUGAUGAGUAUCCAUGCGAAGGCGUGUAUUCUGCCAGACAGCUUGAAACAGAGAGAAACGAUGCUGCAAACAUCAUGGGCACUCUUUUCAUGGCUGCCAUCCUGCACAACACCCAAAGCAACGAAAUGCCGACGCGGUCUUUUAGACCAUUACAGAGGAACAGUUUUAGGAACCGAUCAUUUUGUCCACUGUCAAAGGCAAGGCGAUCAUCCUUCAAAGAUUCGGCCGUUUACAGCUGCUCAAAUAUUUACACUAUUUACGAGGAGCCUGGGCUGGAUUAA